AUGAAAUACGAUGAGUCCAUCUUGUGUCCACCCCCAUUUCGAAUCGAAAAGCUAUGUAUUAGCAUCAAAUUGCGCGAUUUUGGAGCUGGUGCAACCCCUCCCUUCGCUUUUCUCUUGUAUUCUUCAGUUCUUCUUCUAUUCUCAGUCGUCCAGCUUUCUUCGUGCCUUCUUCCACUCAAACCACUUGCAUAA